GUUUCAGCUUCAUGUAGCGGCUCCAAAAUCGUGGGUGAUACAAAUCCAAAUACUGCAACGUCACAAUCUUCCGCAGACAAAUUACAUCUGCUAUGCGGGGGUUCAGGGAACCAAUUCUACUUCGACUGUUGCGGGGCCACCACGCAAUUUAAGUUCCACGCGAAGAACACUGGAACAAUUGAGCUGCAGAUAUGGCGACCUGUGACUGGCAACAGCUAUAAACUGAUUGGACUUGUUACGAAAAUUGCAGAUAUAGCAAGUACAACUUACACAGUUCAGACAGCGAUCAAUGUACAGCGUAAUGAUUGCUUUGGCUGGUACUCAUCGAGUGACGUAAUCCCAGCCGAUAACUCGGGGAGCAUGCCGAUUGUUAGAGUACUCAACGGGGCGACCGGCACUUCCGUCGGAAGUACGAAGGACUUUACCGGUGCUACGAUUGUAUCCGAUAAACGAUAUUCCAUCAACGCGGAUAUUUCUGGGCCUGCCAGCCCCGUGUUUGGCUCGGUCAGCUACAUAUCGAGUGACACGAUACCGGAAACCACGGUGGGUGGUGUUGCGAUAGGAAAAGUGACCUUCAACGACGCCGACAGCUUGAGCCUCACAGCAAUCACUAUGGCUACGAAUAGCUAUUUCAAGCUUGUUGACAACGGAGACGGAACUGCCGAUGUCAAUACCACGACGAAUGUGGCUACUUAUCCGAUAUCUGACCUUGCGGGAACGAGCGUGACCUUGACCUUCACUGCGACUGACCCCUGUGGGGCUACGGCAACUGGAACAAUGAACAUCAGUAUUCAAAACAAUAGACCCACGUUGACCGGUCUGGCUCCCGGCGUCACGACGUCAGAGACGGUGGACACGGAACGCUCUAUAGCCAACUACACGUGUUCGGACUCACUACACGACAUUGCCGGCAGCAUCACCGUGGCGCCGACCUCUACACCGGCCUUUUUUAUCUCGCGAUUCCUGUCUGGCACGUCCAAAAAUGCAGUCUACGAGAUUGUGAUUCCUGCCCAGACAGCGACGAAUCGUUUCAACUACGACUUGGUCAACUCGUACACGAUCGUAGUCAAAUGCUCGGACAGCAAACCCUCGGGUACUGCCUCCGCCACCAUUGUGGUCAGUCUGUCUCCGAACAAGCCACCGCAAAUCACAAAUCUACCGUCUGCAACAUCACUGAACGUGUCGCAGACGAAACUGAAUGGUGACGUUAUUUUUACCGUCCUCUAUUCUGAAUCCGAUCCAGACGACACAGUCGAUUUCACGUGGACUUGCAGUCCAACCGGAUGCCCGUUGACUGUGCUUGCAUCUGGUGAGAUUCAGCUGACGGACGACAUGGUGGACGCCAACGCGAACGCAUAUAACGUUAUCAUUACACCCCGUGACAGUCGAAACAACGCAGGGAAUCCCCGGACGUUGACCAUCAAAGUAACAGAUUUCAACAUUGUCCCGGCGUUUACCAACCUGCCUGCGAGUAUUCCAUUAAACGAGAACAUCGUCAUCGGCUCCACCGUGGUCACCGUGUCGUUCAGCGAUGGUAAUGCGGCCGACAAUCACACCUUCACACUGGGGACGUCACCGUACUUCCAGAUGGUCGAUCCGUCAUCCGGCGUUAUCACCACGAAGGCAACCAUCAACUACGAGGCGCUAGGCGGCGUGUUUUUAUACCCUAUAAGGGUCACCGUAAGUGACGGAACGGCGACGUCAACGUCUACGGUGACGUUUGUAAUAAAUAACGUCAAUGAGCCGCUGGAGUGGAAUGCCGCCAUAUAUCAAACCGAUAUUGCGGAAGGGUCGCCGGUUGGUAGCACAGUGCCCGAUCCAGGGUUCGCCAUCACGGACGAAGACGUUGGGGAUACCUAUAAGUGCUACAUGAACUGUGGGGCACUGGCAGGCUAUUUCACUAUGACGACAGCUUGCGUCAUCAAGGUGACGUCAGUCUAUAGCUUGGACGCGGGGCUGACCAGUCCGGUUGUCUGCAACCUUACCGCAGUGGACACGGGCGCACAUACGGCUACGGCCACACUAACAAUUACAAUUGACGACGCGAAUAACUACUCGCCUGCGUUAUCGCAGAGUUACUACGGAUUUACGGUGUCGGGAUACGCCGGAAGUGGUACAACUGUCGGGACCGUCAACGCCGUCGACGCCGACACUGGGGCUUUCGGAACGUUCACCUACUUUCUGAACACGUCGGCAUUACCUGGGAAUUACUUUACAGUAGAUGGCGUCACCGGAGUGGUGAGUACAGUGGUGGACAUGGCGACCACAUGCAGGUGUUCGAGCACCUCAUUCACCAUGCCCCUGACGGUUACGGACGCUGGUGGGCGUUCCGGAAGUGCCCAAGUGAUCAUUUACGUGUCUGAGGCCACAACAACCACUACUACAACGACAACUGCAAGAUUCAAGAAGUUCUUCGAUGAUUCGAGAAACAUCGCCUGGUUUUCCGUUGCGAUGAUAUUGCUUGCAGUGAUCGCGGUUGUGACGCCUUACGUUAUGAUCCGUUACGUAUGUAUGGGGCCCAGCUUGUGUCGCAAUCCACUCCAGCCCAGACCCCGAUUUUCUGAGCAAAUACGAAACCACUCGAAUGGUUCAGCGAAGUCAACUGUGCCACAUGUGGAGAAACAGGUGCCGACUGUACGGCACCCUCCGCCUCCGAAAGAAAUGCAGUCAUGGCGGACACAGCGGCUGUACUAAAACGCUAUGAUUUGAAGAUUUUUCUACGAAUGACGUCGCUACACAUAACGCAGAACCAUUGUAGAAAACUGGUGACAAUGUCAGAAGAAAAAACCUGAUUGCACAUCGCUUGAUUACUAUAAGCAUGUCUUCAUAGACAUGUGCUCUACGAUCUUUUGCUUGUUCGGUUAUCAAAUUGUUCAUUAUAAGACAUAACUUGCACACAUGUUUUCACAUCCUCUGUCUGCCUUUAAAGGUGUUACAAUCUUGGUCCCAUAAUGCAAAUUCAUUUGAAACCUUCUCCAAUGUCAUACCGGAAAUGUCAUACCGGAAAUGUAUUUACAAACCUUUAAUAGACCAUUAAUCUCGCUCGAAGAUGCUUUGCUAAUUGAUCUUUAUAAGCAAUCAUAUUGUUACACGUGUGCACGUAUGUGAUGUAAACAUCAGUUUUGUUAACUUAACGAUGAAUAGCUGAUUUUUGUGGAGCUGUGUUACCAUUCUUUUCACCUUCGCUGACCUUGUGAGCCUCCAAUGAAAUUUGAAUAAAAUUUCCCGCCAGUAGGCGAAAAACUGUUUGAAACAGAAAACGUGCAAUCCACAAGCAGUUAACACAAUAACUUUAAUAGGUAAGUCAAUUGAUUUUAAUUUGUGUGAAGUAUAUGGUAUGAAAAGGGAUACUAGAGUAUAUUUUAAAACGAAGUUAACAGCACGAUCAUCGUGAAACAAAUUUAUCUCCUAUUAAAAGGCUCGAGGGAUAGAACAGUUUCACACUCAACUCUCGUCAUAACUACAGUCUGUGUGUUAUAUUUGGAACAUUGUCAGCACCAGAGCAUUUGUAAUUUAAUGCUAUGUUAUCAUAUUUAGUAAUUACUACAAUUUUGCGUUUUGUGCACUUGUAUAUUUUAGAUCAUAGAAGUAUUGCUGUUCCCUAUCCUUAUAUGUUUUUACCACAAUAUUUUCAUUUGUUUUAUUAAUUUGACCGUUAAACAUGUAAAAUUAUUUAGCUUUAUAAAACCGUUUUCCAGCACA